AUGUCGGCUCCUGGAAUCAAAGAAAGGAAAUGGGCCCUCGUAACCGGCUGCUCGCCAGGAGGUCUCGGAGAAGCAACCUCCCACUCCCUCCUCACCCGUGGGAUAAACAUCAUAGCAACAGAUGUAUCCUUUGUCAGAACAUCCCAUACCGCACCCCAAGAGCCAUCUCACGGCUUCCUCAUUGAACUUCCCUUGGACGUGACAUCUCCAUCCUCAAUAGCCUCCGCUUUGGAAUAUGUGCAUCAUCUCACAGACGGCACUCUCCAUUUCCUCUUCAAUAAUGCAGGAUAUGGCUACUAUGUCCCUCUACUCGAUGCCGAUCUCGGGGCAGCGAGAAAGGAGUAUGAAGUCAACGUCUGGGGCAUGCUGGCUGUUACGCAAGCUUUCUUUCCGUUACUGCGUGUCGGGAAGGGAAUAGWUGUGAAUCAAGCGAGUAUAUCCGGACUGCAAGGCUUCAACAUGCCGUUCAUGGGAGUAWAUUCCUCUUCCAAAGCAGCGGUGAUUAGUUUGAGCGAUACCAUGAGGGUGGAAUUUGAACCACUGGGAGUCAAGGUUGUUGUGUUGAUUACUUCGGCUGUCAAGACGGAGUUCUUUCGACAUAGAAUCGGUGGGACUAUCGGCGAGACGUCUUUGUAUGUGCCGGUGAAAGCUGCCGUGGAUGCAAAGUAUGGAGGGGAGUUUGAGGAAGCGAAUGGACAUGAUCGAUGGGCUGUCGCGGAGAGUACAGUGGAGGAGCUGUUAAAGGAGACAACGCCAACGUACAUCCGAAAAGGAUAUCGAGCGACGUGGUUGUCAUGGGUGUAUUGGCUAUGUCCGACUUGGCUGAUGGACUCCCUGAAUGUCCAAGGUUUCGAUUUGCAUCUUCUCAAGACUGAGAGUGAAGAGCACGAGCAGGAUUUCCAGUAUGACUGA